GAGGCUCAGUCGCUCGACGUAUACCGAGGUGCGAGCAGGUUGCAGUUGGAUAAAAUCAGCCGUCGAGUAAGAUCCCUUCCCGUCAUGAGAAACAUUACCGUAAUGUGAAACAUACUUGUACGUCUAUGAAAUUAAUUCAAUGUAUACUCGUGUAUACGGUGACGCGAGAGUGAGUAGCGUCAAGAGAGAGAAAUCGUUUGAAUUGUCGGUUACUUCUGGCGCGCGUGAGCAGUCUGACUUUUGAAUUUCCACUCUGAGACUAAAUACCGACUGGAAAUGAAUUCCUUGCAGUCGCUCAUACUAUGCAUCGUGUACGCUGCAUUUCUGGUUCUCGGGGCCAUCACGUUCAUGCACAUCGAGUACGAAAUCUCAGAGAAACUGCAUGUCAAUGAACUUCGAGAAUGGACCAGGCUAAAAGAGUUGGCCCUCCUGGAGGACAGCCCCGAGGACGAACUCUUGGCCUUGGCCAUGUGGCUUCCCAAGAACUGCAGCACAGUCCCGGAUCCAGUUCUGCAGACGCUCAUCAGUCCUGGCAGCCAGGCGGACACCAUCAAGGAAAUCGAGAAGAUAUGUCCGCACAUCCGCAACGAAGACAGCACCAUUACAGUACUGUACCCUUGGUCGUUCAUCGACGCUCUGUAUUUCUCCAUGACGGUCAGCACUACCAUAGGUUACGGCCACAUAUCCCCUUCUGGCAACGCCGGGAAAGUCGUGUGCAUGAUAUACGCCCUGGUGGGCAUCCCCCUGACGGGUAUCCUCCUGGCCUGGACCUCCGAGUUCUUCGGCGAAAAACUCUUCCAGCUUUUCAAGUCGAAGCUUGACAGUGAAAAACAGCACUCGAAAAGGAUCAUUGCAGCUGCCACCGUCAUCUACAUAGCCGUCGGGUUUCUGGUGUUCGUCUUCGUGCCGGCAAUUGUAUUCAUGGCUAUAGAAGACUGGUCGUACUUAGAGUCCGUGUAUUACUGCUUCAUCACGUUGACCACCAUCGGUUUUGGAGACUUCGUCACGGGUAACGGGUCAAAGGGAAGCUACUUGUACGUGUACCAGGUCGGAGUCAUCCUGUGGAUCAUGAUAGGACUCGGUUACUGGGUGAUGGUGGCCAACUUCAUCAUGAAGGCUCUGCAGUCCAAGAAGUUGCAGAGCUCCGUGCUCCGCAGUGCAGAGGAAAUGAAGAAAAUCAUGCAACAAAUGGGCAUCAAAAACAACGAUCCGAGAUUCCUGAGGCAACAUUCCAAAGCGACUGUUAACUUCAUGCUGCAGCUGAGCAACAUCAUAGCGGUUCAGGGCGGGAUGGAUACCAUGAUGAAAGACGACGACGACCCGGAGUCCCCCUCGUCGCCCGGCGGCGCCUCGACGACCACGACCUCCAGCGGGACGUUCUCGCCCGUGACCUCGCCCCACGUCAUACCCGGCAUUUCAGCGCUCUUCGGCCCCGCCAUCAACCGCACCAACCCGCUGGCGCAACUGAUAGGUCCCCUCGGCCUAGCUAAGUACGUCAUGAAACCCAGGACCAAGCCAUGUGAUGAAGGGAAGGAACAUACACAGACUGAUAAAAAUGAAAUGGAAGAAGCAGUGAACAGUGAUGAAAACAACGGAGAACAGCAUCACAUCAAUGUCUUCACAAUCUCAGGAAAUUCCAAAGCUCAAACUCCCAUGAUAGGCCACGACAAUGCUGCAUACAUCCAUGAAAUCUCUGCUGAAUCUCAAAAAACUUUACACAUUAAGGAAGAACCUGUUUGAAAAAAAGUGCUACAAUUUUCUUGUUUUGCCAAAACUCAUCUUUUCAAUACCUGAGGAGUUAGUGACAGAGAGAGAGAAGGAAAGAGAGAGCGCUAGCUAUCCUGUUCUAUAGGAAAAAUAUGUAAAGCACCAACAUCCUAUUAAAAGAUCUUUGGGAUCAGGAACUGGCAUUUGGUAUACAUAUUAUUCUUAGCUAACAUGAAAUGCAACAUUCGCUUGGACAACAAAAAUCAUACCUUUACUACACUAACAACCAAGAGUUAGUCCACACAUUUCUAUGACCUACAGAAUGUAACCUACAUUCCAAUUCUGCUGAACAAACAGAAUGAUGCAGCAUACUGUCUCUCUAAAGGUUUGAGAUGCUUCUCUUACAAAAUCCAAAGUGCUUCUCUUUAUUUACCUGUAAGAUUUGUUCUCGAGUUCUGAAAGAUCUUUAUGUUACUAUAACAAAUAAUAUAUUGACUACAGCAAGCUUACACGAAAAGGAACAUAUACAAUGUAAGUUUUACUGUAAUCAGAAGUAUUGGGAGUUGUUCUGACAGCCAUGCCAUUGCAACCAGGGCUGUGCCAGAACAUGACGUGAAAGGUUGGACUGACUAAUAUAACUUUAACUAUGAAAUAUUUCCCUAUGUUCAUCAGUGCCAUUAUCAUUACUAAUGUACCCUUUGUAAGAAUAUGAUCUAACAAGAGGAGUUUAAGAGUUUCAUAAUUAUUAAAACUGUAAAAUAUGUAUAAGGUUCUUUGAUCUAUGAUCUACUCAUCAAUUUUGUUACAUAUACUGUAAUUGUAACUCAUUUUUUGUUAUUGCAUCACUGAUCACACUACCAUUAAAUGAUAUCAUUUGUAAAUAAUAAAAAUAAAAAAUU